AUGGCUGGCGAGAACCGCGGGCCCGAGCUGCUCGUCGUGACGGCCGUCAUGGUCAGCAUGGCCUUCGUCUCCACGGUACUACGAUGCUUCGUACGUCUGGUCAUGGUCAAGGCCUGGGGCAUUGACGACUGGUUCAUGGUGGCAGCAACUCUCACCCACAUCAUGUUCGCAACAUGUGUGAUAGGCGGCAUUCACUACGGAACUGGCCGCCACAUGAACGAACUGGACCCUCAUGAUUCCGAGAAAGCGAUGCGGUAUUGGUGGCUCUGCUACGUUGCAUACUGCCUAACCAUGAUCUCUGCCAAGAUUAGCAUCGGCUACUUCCUGCUCCGCCUGACCGUUCACCGCAUUCACGUCUUGAUCAUCUGGGGCGUUAUGUCCCUGACCGUCUUGACCGGCGCCGUCUUCUUCUUCGUCACCCUCUUCCAGUGCAAUCCAGUCUCCUACUUCUGGACCCAGACCGUUGGCGCUCCCGGCACCUGCAUCCCCGUCGAGGUCAUCAUAGCCUUGACCUAUCUCUACGGUAGCAUUUCGGCCAUCUGCGACUUCACCUUCGGUAUCCUGCCCAUCUUCCUGAUCUGGAACCUCAACAUGAGGAAGAGUAUUAAGGUUGCUCUGGUUCCCAUCUUGAGUAUGGCUUGCAUUGCCUCUUCCGCCGUUCUUGUCCGCAUGGCCUACGUUCAGGACUUUAAGGACCCCGACUUCCUCUAUGCUACUGUCGAUAUCGCCAUCUGGUCCGACACCGAACAAGGCCUCGCCAUCACCGCCGGCUCGCUCGCGACCCUGCGCCCGCUUUUCCGCGCGGUGACCUCCAAAUUCGGAUCAUACGGCACCACCGGCGGCACACCCAACCCCUCGGGGCAUCUCAAGACGCCCGGCGGCAGCCAAGCCCAUAAGCUUCAACAGACCGUCUGGCCCAGCGAUCACUCGCGCGCCCGAAACAAUUCGCAGGGCGGACCUUGGAGCAUGCUGCGCACAGAGCACGGCGAUGAGUUCGAGCUCGUCACCAAGAUCACGAAGACGAGUGGAGGUGAGGGAAGCCCGAGUCCGCCGGGGUCGGCUGAAGGGAUCAAGGGCGGAAUCGUCAGAGAGACCGAGGUGACGACAGUCGUGGAGGAAAGGAGGUUAGGUCAUGGGGCUGGUGACGAUGGAGCAGGCGGCAAGAGAAAGAGUUGGUGGCGGGGAGGUGGAAGGGAGAGGAGUAGUAGUGACAAGGAGGACAGUGAGAGCCAGAAGGAGCUGAACGCGGUAGCGCGAGAGAGGAGAGAACCCGGCGAUUACGUGUAG